UAUUACUAAUAAAAAUAGUUAAUGAACAAAGCUUCGAACGUUAAAGACAACUGCCUCGAGAAUCUUGGGAAGGCUACUUUACAAAAACAUGCUAAACCAGUAACCCCAGAAGGUGCCUCGACCUCAAGAGGGUGACUUUAUCCGCCGAAAACUACAAUCCCCAGAAUGCAUCUAAACCAGACCUAGGGAACGGAGUCCGGCGCUCCCGCAAGGGAUUAUGGAAGGUGUGGAUUCCUUGCCUGAAGAGAGCGGUUCACCUGCCAAGGGCGGGAGAAUCUUGGAGACCCCCUCCCAGAUAGGCGGGGCAAUGGCUAAUGAGCGACCAAUCACCGAGCCAGCCCUUGGAGGGUCUGAAAAGCGGCGAAUCAAAACGCAGCGGCUUCAGCCUUCACGGGCGCGCGGUAAUUUGAAUACAGUGGAGGAGAAACGGGCUCCACCGGAGAGAGAUUCCCGGCUUCGAACCUCAAGAGUUCAGUUAAGAAGAUGUCAGCUUUUACUCCAAGAAAAAGGAAGCAGCAUUCUUCAAACUAUGAGAACCUAUUAUCAGACAUUCCAUCAAAGAAAUUAAUUCUGGACUUUGCUGAGAAUAUACUUCCAUCACCUGAUCAAAAUUACAUUUGCCAAAGAAGUGAUAACAGUGAAGAAAAGGCACAUUGCUCUCAACAAGGCCAUUUCCUUUCAAGUCCACUCGAAACAACUAAAAAAAACAAAUUUCCACCUGCAAAUCAAGGUUCGCCAUUUAAAUCUGCUGUGUCUACUGUAUCCUUUUACAACAAAGACAAGUGGUACCUCAACCCACUAGAAAGAAAGCUGAUAAAAGAGAGUAGAUCCAUUUGUCUAAAAACUAAUAAUGAAGACAAAUCUUUUCCCGUUGUGACAGAAAAAAUGCAGGGAAAACCAGUCUGCUCCAAGAGAUUGAAUAAAAAACCACAAAAGAGUUUAACUUCUAAGUGUCAACCAAAAUAUAAAUGCAUCAAGCCUCUAUCAAAGAAUUCUAAAAAUUCCAAGCAAAAUCGAGUGGCCUAUAAGCCAAUUAUAGAGAAAGAGAAUAGUUAUUAUUCAGCUCAAAAUAAUCUGAAUGCUCCUCGGGUUCUAAGCCAAAAAGUCAAACCACAAGUUACACUUCAGGGUGGAGCGGCAUUUUUUGUUAGUAGAAAAAAGCCCUGUCUUAGAAAAUUGUCUCUGGAAAACAAGCCAUCAUUGGGACUCACACAAAAGAAUAUAUCAGAAGUGAUUGAAGAUUCUGAUGUAGAGACCGUCAGUAAAAGAAAAAAAUUUGAGACAAGGCAAGUGCCAAAGUGCUUGUUACUAGAAAAAGAACCAAACGUCGAGCUGCUUCAUGCAAGAAGUAAAAAUGAAGAAAAAUUAAUAAAGGAUUCAUUAGAUGGAGUAGUUUCUUUAAGAGAAUGUAAACCUAAUGAAAAUAAGUGUUUUCCUUCAGAGGAUUUUCUCAGUGAAAACAAGGCGGUUUCUCCUGAGUCCAUUGUUUAUCCCAUCUUCAGUGUGUCUCCAGUCAGUACAAAAAGAUCUUUAGUUGACGAACAGUCUUCUGUGAGACCCAUCGUAUCUGCUAACUCCUUGAAACAGAUCAGUGAGCAGAAAAGUACUAAUACCAGAGAUACAAAUAAAGGAACAAAAGAGCAGCUCAUCAUUGACGCAGGUCAGAAACACUUUGGAGCCACCAUGUGUAAGUCUUGCGGCAUGAUCUAUACUGCUUCCAGCCCUGAAGAUGAACUGCAGCAUGUUCAGCAUCACUACAGAUUUCUGGAGGGCAUCAAAUACACUGGCUGGAAAAAAGAACGUGUAGUAGCACAGUUUUGGGAUGGGAAAAUUGUGUUGGUCCUGCCACGUGAUCCAAGUUAUGCUAUUAGAAAGGUAGAAGAUGUCCAAGAACUGGUCGAUAAUGAAUUGGGCUUCCACCAAGUUGUUCCCAGAUGUCCAAACAAAACCAAGACUUUUCUCUUCAUAUCUGAUGAAAAGAGAGUAGUUGGGUGUUUAAUUGCAGAGCCCAUCAAACAGGCCUUCCGUGUCCUUUCUGAACCAACUGGUCCAGGAUCCCCAAGCUCUAAAGAAUGUCACCGGGCUUGGCAAUGUUCAGAUGUACCAGAGCCUGCAGUCUGUGGAAUAAGUAGAAUCUGGGUCUUCAGACUGAAACGAAGAAAGCGCAUUGCACGACGAUUGGUAGAUACUCUCAGGAAUUGCUUCAUGUUUGGCUGUUUCCUCAAGAUUGACGAUAUAGCGUUUUCUGACCCAACACCAGAUGGCAAGUUAUUUGCAACCAAAUACUGCAACACCCCUAAUUUCCUUGUAUACAAUUUUAAUAGUUGAAGUCAAUGUCUAUUAUCGGGCAGUUACUGUGUAGAUGAGUUCAGACAACCCCAUGUCAUAUAAUGUGAACUAUUUGACAAAUAUCAAAAUAAAUCUGUUGAGACACA